AUGCGCGCCGCCGGCAUCUUGAACGUCUUCGUCCCGUUGGUGUUCGCCGGCCACAUCCUCGGCGAGUACACGGCGCGCGAUGGCCUUGCCGGCCACGCCGGUCUCUUUGCGGUCAGUUUUCGAUUCAUCGAGAGGGGUGCAACCAAUCAAUAUUUUCUUUUUAUAGAUAAAGGUGAACAAGAACUUUUCAAGUGGUACCACAAAGGUCUUUGGCGGAAUAGAAGCCCAGAUUUGUAGUUUUCAGUCUUUUCGGCAAUGGUUUUAUCGAUAUAGAGCAGAAUCACAAGGCUUGUCGUUCUUUUUAGGUUUCAGCUCUAUUUUAAGUGAUGGAUUGUAAAAUUUCUUUUACAACUUUGUAUUGAACUAUCGAGUUCUAAUUUUUUUACUGUAGAGUUUUGCAAAGUUCGACAGAAAGAUUCAGCUCAAAUUUCAAAAUCAGCUUGAUUUUUUCUCAAGACGUAGUUGAUCAUUUCUUUAAGAUGAGUCAUUUCAUUUCUAUUCUGAAACUUUUUGAAAAUCAUCUUGAAUACUUCUACAUGUAGUUGAUAAAAACCUUAAAAGUCCUAACCUGCAAAAAUUCCUUCUUUCUUUUUUAGGCAUUAUGGUCUUUUUUCAUUCAUUUUCCAGUGAUUUUUUUAUCUCAAACCUAAAAGUUAAAAAUACAAAAAUUCUCUAGUUGGUCUUUCAAGUGGUAUACAAAAGCACGUAGAACUUUUUCCUACUCACUUUGUAGCUCCACCUUUCGCUUUGACGUUGAUAGUUUUUUUUUCGGAUGGUUUCUUGGGAACUACAAUUUUUUCAGCUUUCACCUGCGUGGAAAAAAAAACAUCAUCGUUUUUCAAAUAGUUUGGAGUGUACUUGACCUUUGAUUAUUUUCGAAAAAGGUGAAAUAUGGGAAUUCCUGAGUUUUGGGGAUAAGAUCAGCCGCAAAGUUUGAGAUCUCUAAUACCGUGUUCAAAGUGAUUGCGAGAAAUUCAAAAUUGCCGUCAGAGAAUGAGAAAGAUAACUGAAUUUUGGAGAGUCAGAGAUAGUUUUGCACUUCGCUGAAAUCAUUAAUGGACUUCUUAAACUUCCCCAUGGUACACAGAACAAUUUUUUGGAAAUGAUCUCGACUUCUUUAAUGGUUCAAUAAGCCAAAAUUGAUAAGCUUGGAAAGCCAGUUAUUCUUGCAAAAAAUGAUUCAACACUCUUUUCCAUCAUUAUCACUCUUUUUUUUUGGGGUACUCGAGCUUUCACUUGACAUUCGCCCGACAUGAUUCUCUCCCCUUCCUCAGCGCAACCUCGUGCUUUAUCACUAAACGCGUCAUCUUGAUUUUAUGACCUCCCCUCGGUCGCAGACAUCGUCUGACAGCUGCCGAAGAGACGUUUGACCGAAGUUUGAGCUGCCGCCAAAAAUCUUGGUCGAAAAAAAAAUUGCCGAAGCAGAGAUCACGUGGUGUUUCGGUCGUUAAACCGAGAGGGGAGGUCUUUAGGACAACGGUAAACACUUCCUUGGACCCGUUCCAGCGAUCGAACAUCGGCGCCAGGACUGUGUUACUUCGGCCCUAAAAGUCACUAGCGCGAAGCUUUCCGAAGUCUGAGUGGUUUUUGAAGCUUAUAGCUUGCUGGAGUUUGUCGCGUAGUGAUUAAGCUUUUAGCUUCUUUUUCUUCUUCUUGGGAGAGGCUUCAGCGCAGUAUUUAAGUUGGCUCCGAGGAUCACAUAUUGGGUUUUUGGCACUUAACAGCUCUGAAAAACUAUCAAACAAGCACAAAAUACUGUUAAUAGCGUCAGAAACUAUCUUGCAAAGUUUUAGUUGGUCCUACGCAGUAAUUUUAAGUAAGUCUAUAGAACAGGGAAUCUUCAAUUUCUAGUCCCAGAAAAUUUUUAAUCUUUUACCGUAAUAUGUAAAGGUCCUAGCGCAAUAAAUUAUCGCUUGACUAUGUAAUCGAAGCUUUCAAACUGUUUUUCAGUUGGAAAGUCGGUUAAUCCAGGAAAAAAUAAGUUUAAAAAAGACAGAUAAUUUCUACAGAUAAGCUAACAAAUGAAAUUCUCUAAUUUAUCUACAAUUUUCUGAAUUUCGAAGCUUGAGGUAGAUCUUGAAAGUCGGAGAAGAAGGCUAUUUUAUUCUAUAAGCUUGAUUUUCCAGGUAUUGGACUGGUCAGACAGUGAAUUGGCGACGAUUUCUGCCAUGCACGCCACAGCCAGUUAUCAUGAGCUCAUACAAUUAGUGAAGGUAUUCCGUUUCAACUCAAACUUAUAGGAUCUCAACGAUAAUUUCAGGACAAGCUGGACGUAUCAGAUAUUUCUGAAGAGGACAGGCGGAAGGUUGAGAAAUUCCUCAGGAAUCAUCGACCGCCGCCGGUUUUUAGGACGUUACUCACAGAGGAUUUGAAAGACGAGGUCAGAAUAGUUCUGUCUUAACAAUAUUUAUGUAAAUCUGUAGUUUUUCAUGUACAUUCUUAGAAUUUUAAUCUUUUUUGUUUUUUAUCUACUUAAAUAAACCACGUUCAGCAUUAGACCAAGUCGCUAAAGCAUUAGACCAAGUCGCUAAAUUUCAACUUUAUUCAAAAAUCAACGACGCUUUGAACCAUUCAAUGAUAAAUAGAUCUUAGGAGCUCGAGACAGGUUUAGAAAAUUCAAGCUUUUUUGCCGUUUUUCACUCAUUUUAUCAAAUGUUUUACUUGAGUUCUUUUACAAAGCUUUUCCGAAGUGGUCAAUGUACUUCCAGCGAUUUAUUUUUUAUCCAGACAGUUGUUCACAGUUGAAGUAUUGGAUGUUUCAGAUCCGGAAACACCAUUCGGAAAAGGACGUGGACAGCGUUUUAGCCAUCAUCGGGGCCAAGUUGUCGCGGCUCCCGACGCAGAUCUACCGACAGGCCGUCGAGUACAUCCAACGGCAUUCUCCCGUCUACUGA